AAUUUUACGGCAGUUGCCAUAAAGAAGUUUUAAUAAAUAACGUUAAGUACAAAAUGUACGGUACUGUGCGGUGACUACUCUACGCAUCUUACUGUUAGAUCGUGCAUGUCAUAGCUACUUAUUUACGUUAAUAUACUCGUUGUCAAUAGGCAAUAAAAGUUAUUCGUCUAAUUGUAAGCUCUAAUUUGCGAAAGCACGAAACUAAAACAAUUAGAGUGCGUGCUUUAAAUAAGUUAAAAUUCAUUUCGGUCAUUUGGGUGUGCAGUAGUUUGAAAAACAGCCAGGCUUAGACUUCGGCUGAAUACCAAUAGCGGGUGACGAAAAUCCCGCUUUAAUCCCGCGGUCAUAAUGGCCAAACUUUCCACCAGGCGAGUGACUUUUGCCGCGACGGGAAAGCCUCGUAGGCCAACGGAUUAUGAGCUGAAAAUUAAUGGAGUAUUUCGCGCUCUUGCCAAUGAAACCAAGAAAUACGACCAGGCACACAAGAAAAACGGUGCUAUCCAACCAAAUCGAAACCGUUUACUAAAAAGCUUAUCUGAGACGUUUUCUAUUGGACCGUCGCCUAUUCGAAGAAAUGCUGUCCGGAAAUCAUCCCUGUCAGCACACGGGACCAUCUCACCCGGGCGGUCUUCCAGACGCAGUGUUCGCGUUGUUCAUCGCGAAACGCCCUUAUUUGUCCAACGCAUGGCGGAGAAGUAUCGAACCGACUACGCUGUCUACGGUCCAGCGCCAUCUUCCCAUUCAGCCGAUCUAAUACAGAAAUCUGCGCACGAGACAGAUCCACUAGCUAUCAUGGCAUCGAUGAAUGCUCGCAAGCGGAACCGGUAUCUAAAACCAGAGCAGUCUCUUGAUUUAAACGAAUUGAAGCGAUUUCUCAAGAAAUCUCGUAAAACCGAAAAGGUGACCAUGGCUUUCGCUGGGAAGACGCGCAUUCAGACAGAACCUAUUAGGCUCGCGGACAAACUUGUGCAUGUUCCUGUGUUAAACUUUGCUCAACGGUCGGUUAUGCAGAGACUAUACGCUAGCAGGAAUAACCCGGAACAUCUGGCCGGGAUUGGAGGCGGUGACAGUGUGACAAAUAAGCCGAUAGUUGGAAAUUCUCCGAAUAAUGAUGACUCGGCAUUGCAAUCACAAUUCCUCGCCAUUGUUCGGAAAAACCACAGGAUGCAAGAAGAUGGAAAAUGGCAUAUGAUCGAGCGAACUCGCUCCCAACAACGACUGGAGCAAAAGAUGGCGUUACGCGUGUACAACUUCCAACGGAUGAAAGAUGAAGUUGGCAAUCUCAACAACCAGAUGAUUGAAGCAUUGCACGCUAGCGAAGAACAAGCUAAGCAGUUGGAUGUACAACUGCGGUGCAAUGACGAAGAAACCGUGAAAGCCAUUCACGCGGCUAACAUUGAGCGGGAGCACAGAGACAGAGCUAACGACGCGUUUACGAAGGUGAUCAACGAGAACUAUCGCAUCCGUUGCGAGAACAUCCGAAUGGAGGAAGAUCUCAAGCUAUUGGAUCGGUUUAUAAGCGUCGUAUUAACUGCUGGGAUUAAUAAGACAGCAUCUGUCAUUGAUACCGAUGAUGGAGCUUGUGCUGAAAUACCCAACUUAACAGCUUCGGAAAUUGUGCAGCGCUUGGAUCUGCAGUGCAGAACGAGUAAAAGCGUUUGCUUUAAAGUCAGUGCCUUAAGAAAGGAGAGCAGGAAUUUACAGAGAAAAAUGAAAAGGGACGCUGUGACAGCAGCCGAGUUGCGCGGAAGGCUUGUGACAGAAUGCGACAGAUUAGAGGAAGAAAUCGAAUACAUCGCUGACGAAAUUGACGAUAUAAGGAUCGAUAACGCAAAGUAUGAAACCGGCACAUUCCGGAGAGAGGAAUUACACAAGCCUCUUUCGCUGUUGCGUCAGAAUAUUUUCCGUGUCUAUCGGAGAAAUUUCGACACUCCAGAAGAAAACUAUGGCAAAAUGGUGGACAAAAUGCAUGCCGCAGUCCGCAAAAUCAUUGCUAAAUUCUCCAAGAUUCCACUAACCGUUGUGCAGAAGUGUUUUCAAGCCGUUGAUAAAGACCGCAGUAUGGAAAGCGUUAUUGUUCAAGACGGGCUUCGGCGUGCCGAGAACGAUCUACGCAUGCAGAGAUUUUACUAUAAAUCCCUGGAUCCACCAGAAAUUAUUUGGGGACGCCCAAUUCGUACCAGUAAUGAUGACGAGGUCAGUGCACAACUGAGAAAUUUAAGCGGUUCGGGCACCAAGGGAAAUAGCGAAACCAACGCGGAUAUUAGAAAAACUUCGGUUGACAUUGACCGCACCGGUGAAUGGUUAAGACACCAAAUACAUCAAAUGACUGAUAGUGAAUUUGAUAUAUUCUUUGCGCCGGAAAGUUCAACGCCAUUAUUGCAAGAACUGGAGUCAAUGGAAUCACCGUCGGCGGAAGAUAUCACAGUUUUGCCGGACACUGAUCCCGCAACUGCUGAAGUUACGAGAGAGAGCAGGGAAAGUUCAGGAGCCAGUUUUAUUUCCUCACUAGCCUACAGUACCCGACCAGAAAGAACAUCCAUAGAAAGCGAACAGAUAGAAGUCGAGUCUACGGCAGAAGAAACCACGCAGACCAGCUUUCAGAAAGUGCCGUCUUAUCCAGAACUGACUCUUGCGGAAAUCGAGCACGAUGAACGAGCCAAACAAUUUUAUUCGCAUUUUGAGGAGAUGAUGGGCGAGUUGUUUCAGCGGAAAGGAUCAAGUGAGAGAAACCAUCGGGAAGCAGCGGACAAGGAAAACGCCAUAAGAGAUCCAACAACCGUUGAUACAACUACUGGUGCUCCGGUGGAGUCUGAUGGUCAAGGGAAAAGGACUCGGCGCAAAUCAAGAGUUUCACAUGGCUGAGUAACGUUCUGCCCGUUCCAAAGUGAAGCUUUUUUACGGUCAGUUUACUGUUAGAAAGUUGAUGAUUGCUGCGUCAACUGGACACGGUAUGCAAAAGCAUAAAAUGCAUCAUUCUUUAUUUACAACCGCGGUCAAACAUGUCCUACCUACCCAAAACCACUGCAAAUAAUUU